AUGCGCGAAAACUUUGGUCCAGAUCAUUGGACCAUUAUGGGACAUCUUGAUCAAGAGUCAACUUUCGUUCAUAUUCGUGAUUUUCCUUAUAUAAUCGUUGAAGAAUCAAUCUUUUACAAUGGCCAAACAGGACAAUGGAAUACAGUGCCCAAUUUUGCUAUUUAUGGAUGUGAUUGGGAUUUAUGUAAUCAUCCUAAUCUUGUACAAUACCUUCCAAGUUCAUUUGAAAUGCGUCUUCCAGAAUCAUGGUUGAAUGCAAAUAUUCUAGGUACUGGACAACCAGUACGUGACUGUCAUGAGUGUCCUAAUGCUGCACAAUGUGGUACAACUGAUUUUAUUGAUGCUAGUCGAUGUCCAAUUCGUUCAUGUAAUACUACAUGUGUUGUUUUGGAUACAGUUGAUGAUCCGGAAAAUAAUCUACUAUGUUAUCGUUCAUAUUGUGCCCCGUCGACUGAUCAAAGCUUUGACUACGAUACACCUCGAGUAGAAAUCGAGGGUAUAUUGUAUUUUAGUAAACAACCAUUUAUUAUUGACUUAUGGGAAACUGACAUUUUUUGUCGUGCUGAUGAUUGUUCACGCCCAGAACUAUUUAAAGAAUUGAGAUCUCAAUUAACUGCAACACCAGGUGAUUUAAGUCCAUUUUAUCCAAUAUCCACCACAAGUUCACAACCAUCUGUGACUCAGUCAGCAACUACAAAUCCAGAAGGUACUCAAUCAACAACUUCAAAUGCAUCAAUCUUCACUAGAAUAAAUUUAUUUAGUAUGCUGCUAAUAUCAAUUCUUCUAUUCAAUUUUCAUUGACUUAUUUUUUUUUAAUGAUAUUUUACUUAUUGAACUAUAGCUAUAACAUCAGUGUGAAAAUAAUCUUUUUUGACUUUUUUCAUC